GAAGAAAACAAUAAGAGCAAAAAGAGUGAUAAAUUUUCUACACCACAUCCAGCAAAGAGAACAAACUUUGCUUUUUUACGCGUGAGAUUUUCUAAAAAAGAAAUAUUUUCGAAUACAGUUAACAAAAUUAUGGUUUCAAAUAACUAUUGAUUAAAGGAGUUUAUUUUCUGCACAUAAAAACUUGAUUUUGUAUGUAUUUGCUGGUGUGAAUUACAUAAUUUGGAAUUGUGAUAAGUCAGUCAAUAGGGCAAAGAGAAAGGAGUUUUACAGUAGCCUUCGUGUCCGGUAAAGUAAAUAACCUGGAUUAGCUAGGGAGCACUGGUGCUGGAACUAUCACACUUUCCUUUGCUGGAUGGGCAUUAUCGAUCACCGCUGGCCAUCGCGUAGUUGUAACUGUCGACCGAACUGAACGUUUACCUAUAUUGCACUGAAACAUCGACAUAAACGAGAACCUUAUCGAACCAGAAGCACUAUGGAUAACGAUGGCAUGUCGAAUGAACAGACGGAAAAAGUGCUGCAGUUCCAGGACAUUACAGGCCUUGAUGAUAUUAACGUUUGCCGGGAUAUUCUCAUUCGACACCAGUGGGACCUGGAGGUUGCAUUCCAAGAGCAUUUAAACAUCCGCGAGGGUCGUCCGUCUGCGUACGCGACCGAAUCCCGAGCACCUCAGGUCGUCAACGAUCGCUUCCUGCAGCAUGUAUUUUCCGCACAGCGCGGCCCUAGUGUCCCCGUACCGUCCGGUAUCGGCGGAAUGCUUGGAUUUGUGGUCAAUUACGUGUUCAACUUCUGCUACAGUACAUUGUCCUCCAUCGUAACCGCAUUUCUCAACUUAUUUAAAGAUCGAGAAAGGAUCGUAACUGACCCCUUAGGUGAUGUUUUGAAAUUUAUACAAGAUUACAAUGAAAAAUACCCUGAACAUCCGGUAUUUUACCAAGGCACAUAUGCUCAAGCAUUAAAUGAUGCCAAACGCGAGCUCAAGUUUCUUCUAGUCUAUCUGCAUUCCGAAUCCAGCAACGGAGCGACUAGUUUUUGUCGUGAAACACUGUCUAACGCUCAGGUCGUCGAAUAUGUCAAUAGGCGAAUGUUAUUCUGGGCAUGUGAUAUUUCUUCACCGGAGGGAUAUCGUGUUUCGCACUCCAUAAAUGCAAAAAUCUAUCCUGUACUGGUGAUUAUUGCUCUGCGGGCAAACAAAAUGGUUAUCAUGGGUCGAAUGGAAGGUCACUGCAGUGCAGAGGAACUGAUACGACGUAUGGAUACCGUCGUUAACGAUAAUGAAGUUUGGCUCAACCAAGCCCGUCACGAUCGACUGGAAAGAGAUCUCACCCAAACUCUGCGUCAGCAACAAGAUGAAGCAUACCAGAUGUCGCUGCGGGCCGAUCAGGAGAAACAGCGUCGGAAACAGGAGGAACGUGAGGCGGCAUUGCGCGUGCAGCAAGCAAUCGAAGCAGAACAGUUAGCUGAACAGCGUCGAUUGGAAGACAUCGAGAGGCUCAAGAUGGAGUUGGCUUCACAAGUGCCUUCUGAGCCGGAACCUGGAGCGCCCGGGACGAUCAGCAUAGUCUUCAAACUGCCAAGCGGCUUACGGUUAGAACGAAGAUUCCAGUCAUUGAAUACACUAAAGGACAUUCACAACUUUAUCUUCUGCCAUCCGGAUACACCCGACUCGUUCGAGAUCACUACCAACUUCCCGAAACGGGUAUUGCAGUGUAAUGCCAAAGAAGAGGACUCGCUACCUACGUUGGUCGAGGCCGGUUUGAAGAAUCGAGAAGUGCUAUUCGUAGCUGAUUUGGACGCAUAGAAUCAAACGUUGUAUGAAGGACUACGCGGCGGCUUGCGAAGUAAGACCGAAUAUGAAACAGUUGCUGAAUCAAUUGCUUAUGACCGCAAACUGAUGGGGAGAUUUUUUUCAGAUAACAAUCGUACCUUUCCUAUAGUUUACUCUAUCUAAUUUCUUAUUUAAAAAAAUUGAUUGGAUAAUGAUUGAAAAAGUAUACAAGAAGAUGCACAUACAUACAUUAACAAAACAAUAAUUCUCAAGGCCUUGAGAAACUGUUCGAAUUGUGUUAUCUCGUUUGAUUAUUUUUCAGAUCCAAUAGGAAACAAUCGAAUGUAUCAAUGAACAGAAAAAUAUAUUUACGAAACAAAUCGACACACGAGUAACUACUGUCUAUCUUACUGAACAACUUUCCGAUUCUGAAUGCGCGGCGCGGUCCGGCUCGGUCCUAAGUGGUCCUAAUUUUAAAUUCAACAAAAUGCUGUACCCGCAGUGAGAAAAAAAAAAAUUAUCGCACGUUGAUCUUUUAGAUUUCUUUUUAAAUUAUUUAAGGUUGAAAUAAAACUGAUUUUUCUGUAAGAAUA